AUGCCUAUUUUACAAGCACCAAAUGUGGAGCUUGGUUCUGCUCCACGUACCCCAAGUUUGAUUUUGUCACCAUCCCCUUCAGAAAUUUCCAGUGCUAGUUCUCCAGAACCACAAAACAUUCGCGCAACUCCACUUUUCAGGGUACUAGCGAUGCCUCCUCCAGAACCGCAACAGCCUCCGGGUCAAGAUGAAUUAGAACGUAGGCUUCCUGGAUAUAGACGUAUUGUAAUUCCGCGUGAAUUAACACUUAUUGAACUUUUGAGUCUUAGUGUGAAUCGAUGCGGCUUAACGUCUUUGGACGGUGUUUGGGGGUUGGGUGCAUUGCGAGAACUUCACGCAGCCGGUAAUCGUCUCCGUGAUUUACAUCCCUUAGCAGCUUUACAAAAAUUGCAUACUCUCAAUUUGGCCGAUAAUCCUAUAGAAGAGUCAAGUCGUAUAUGGACGCUUGGUGUGUGCAGUUCCUUACGACGACUUACACUGUCUGGCACUCCUAUAGCAGAUACAAUAAACUAUAGGUCUUCUGUAGUGUCAGCGCUACCUAUGCUUGUGGCUUUGGAUGAAAGACCACUGAAUGACAAAACAGAUGAAUGGAUUGAGGAGUUUCUGUCAGAUGUAGAUAGUAAUAGUAGCGACAUAGAAACGGAUAAGCAUUCUUUACCGAUUAGCGGUAACAAAUCUCAAGAAGAACCACAACCUGGUCCAUCGAAAUUGUCCCAGAAUAUACAAAAUAAAGACGAAUUGAACGCCAUUUUUAAAAAACCGUCCCGACUUACCCGUCAUCGUCCAGCCACUACUGAAUGCGCAGGAUCACGACCGCGUUGCGACCUGCCAAAGAGACCACGCACUGCUCUAGAUAGAGCUAUUGAUGCUCCUACGAGAUUGCAAAUUAUGAACACGCUUUUAGAUGAUGAAUGGCGAUGUAGUGGAAGUAAGUUGACGUCGCAAGGGGCUGUAUGUGGAAAUUUAGCGAGGGCUCUAAGGAAACACAAGAAAGAAAAUCUUUACAGCUCUAAAACGGAAUUGGAAAUGGUUGAGAAGACAAUGGACGACGCUUGUCGCGCGCUAGCCGCAGAGAUACCGCGCGCGCCUGUCGCCGCCGACUGGGAGAGGUUUAAACGAGAUACCGGAAUUGAGAUAGACAUUGAUCUCAAUGAGAGGCCGAAAGAAGCAGAUCCUUCAGAAGUGAUUGAACGUUUGGAACGUAUAGAAAAAGAAACAAUGGAGCGACUCAACAAUGAUAAUUAUAAUGAAUCUUCUAACAUCAAUACGUUCUCAUCAGAUCCUUCGAGAAUAUUCUCUAGAGGUAUCACAUCUGAUUACGAUUUGUGGAAGGAAAUAGAAGAUUUGGCUUUAGAUGAUCCUCCUGAUAAUGUGAAUGAUUUGUUUAGAAACAUAGCUCCAAUUAGAUCUAGGCGACGACAGAUGGAAGACGAGUCUGUA